UUAGGUUGUUCCUAAAGUCUACACUUUGGGAAUGUGAAAAAAGAAAGAGCUAAGUUUUUCACAUUCCCAAAGAGGAGACUUUAAGAACAAUGCCAAAAAACAUGAGAGUUGGCAACACUGUGGUACCACAGGUUGGGGUGUCAAAGCAAGCCUGGACACGAUGAUAGCUGCACCACUCCCUUGUGUGACACUGGCUACAGAAACUGGCAUGUCUUGACCAUGCUAAUCCUGUUUGACUCCAGGGCACCUUUUCCUGGCUUGAUUUGAGUCUGAAUUAAUAGCUGAGGGUGGGGAUAAAUUCUGGCCAGUUGCCCGUUGAUUACAGCACAGAAAACUCAGCAGUGGAGAAGCAAGGACAGAUGCGACUUUAGUGAUCUGGAGCUUUCCUGAGUCCUGACUGCAGCGCGGGUCAGAAUGGCCACUGGCACAAAUUGGGUGGGCCAGGAAGUUGCCCCAGGUUUUAGAAGCCAGCUUUAAGUACUGCUGUCCAGAAUCUCCAUAUAGUGCCACCACCACCCCUUUUAGCCCUAACCUCAACCCUGUUACUUGGUACCUGUUUUUCCAUAGAAAUUACCUCCCCCUGCUACUCCUGAACCAAAGCCAUACAUCAGAUCAAUAUCUAACAUAAUCCCACUGAUAGAGGAUUUUAAGGGAGAAGGUGAUACUACACUUUCUAAAAUUAUAUUUUAGAAAUUCAGCUGUCCACACCUCAAAAUCAUGCUGUUUAUUUUUAAUCAUGUUUAUUUGGGUAGUACAGGCCCCAAACGUGGGGUAUAUAUAUAUAUAUACAGCAGAGUAUGUUCCCUAUCCAAAAAGAGAUUGCAAUCUAAACAGACAAGACUGACAGUGCAUAGCAGAUAAGAAAUGUAAAAACACAACACCAGCAGGUGUUAGCUCAACUCCACAAUUUUUUACUUUAAUUUUCUUUGUGGGGAAGGGAGAGAUUAAAUAGAAUGGACAGAGGUGAAAGGAAAAGGGACACAAACCCUAAUAUUUCUUGUUCCUGGAGAAGAAUAAAUGCCUUAAUUGUGAAUUUUGGGCAUCAUUUUGUCAGGCAGCCUGAUAGAUUAUUUGUUACUAUACAAAGCAGUGCUGCUGUUGGGGAAAGCACUUUUUUCAAAAUAAUGAGAUGAAGGAGGCAAGGGUUUCUUCCUUGACACAGGCAAAACAGGAAACAUUUUCAAAACUUAUUCACCAUUGCUGGUUAAUGGUUAAUGAAGUGUUCCAACGCUUUGUGGGACCAGUUCUGGGACAAUUUCAAAAUUAAAACAUUUAAGAGAAGUCCAGCAUUUUUUAUGAUCCCUGCAAGAGUUCAAAUAACAGACAAUUUUUUUAAAUGACAGGGCAAAAGCAAUCUAACCUCAUUCUAUUUCCCCCAAAAUCUCAGACCAUUGUAUUAAAACAAAUCUAUAGUCAUAGUAACUUAUCUAAAUGCUCAAUUUUACCACACUCUGUGCUGUUUUAAAAGCACUGAUGAAUAUGGCUUCUUUCAAAAAAUAUAAUUUUGAAGAUCUAUGGAAGUUUGGGAAAUCUGACAGCUCUUCUUUUCAGUCAUAUUUUGACUAACUUUGAAGUAAUUUAAUUUGUCCGUCAGUCAGCCUCUUGUCAGACAAUGUGAAAAAGCAGAUAACAUAAAGUGUGCCAGAUUGGGGAAGGAGAAUUGUGCCAGAUUGGGGGGGAGGGGGGGCACAGAUUUUAUAAAAGUUUGUCAGUCAAACUUUCUAAAAUUUAGAAUGCAUUUUUUUUCCAGCUUAUUAUUCGUAGGAGGUUGUAUAAAGAUUAUCACUAGAAACUACAGUAGAAUAUCACCUGCAUCCUUUAUCCCUGCAGCCAUUUUGAAGUUCUACAUUCUUUAUGUAUUUUUUUCUUUAAUACAGUCAGGGAAAGUAAACAAGAAGCAAGACUUUUUUUAAAGUAAUAUAAACUGGAGCUAAUCUCUCUUUUUCCUCUCUCCCUCUCUUACCCAGCCAGUAUUCCUAAAGCUGCUGCACUUCAGUUGCAACCUCAUGAAAAAUCCAAGCUAUGUGUAGGCCUUAAAUAGCUUCCUGGUUCCUAUUGUGGAAUCAAAAAAAAUAUAUGCCUUAAACUUUGAUUAUUUUAGUUAUAAGAUGACAUAACCGCUUUGUAGAGAAUUGCUGGCUCUGUACAGUAGAACAGAUAAGGGCAAGUGUUUGUUCUUUGUAACUCUUCUGCAACUGCUUUGCUCACCGCGGCCUUGAAGGUAGCAAAAAAAAGUAUGUACAAAGUUAAUUUCCAGGUGCAAGGAGGUUUGUGAACUAAUUUCGCCUCCCCCAUUAGUUCCCAUCCUGAUUACAGCAAAGAAAUAAUAAAAUAAUAUUAUAGCCGCUUUUCUUGCUAAUUUCACUAUAUGAUCACGUGAGUUAUAAGCGACUGUUAAAAAAUAUAUAAGCCUCCUGAUUUUGCUCUUGGGGGGGGACCCCUUCCAAGUGCUUGGGAAAUCCAUGUCACUUUGGAACUCCCCCUACAGCUGUAGUUUCUUUUAAAUAAAAGCUUCUGCUGACCUGACCCAGAAGUAUGCUGCGUGUGUUUCCACGACAAUUCCUGGUGCCGUGACUCGGAUCCAGAACACAGGCUGAGGAAGGAGGACCGCAGGCUGCCCCCCCCGAACCCCGAGGCGCCAAACUUGAGAGGUCCAAGAAGCCUUACCUCAACCACCGGAUGUUCCCUGUCACAACCUCGAACCAGGGGAUUGGAUCUACGUAAAGGUCUAUCGACGGAAAAAUGCACGUCAACCCAGAUAAAAAGGACCUUUCCAGGUACUUCUGACCACUAAUUCUGCUGUUCGUUGCCAAGGUCACCAAACGUGAACUCACGCCUCACACUGCAAAAAGAUAUCACCUCCAUUAAACCCCGAAACAGCUGUAUUCCAACCACGGUUGGGAUCUUUCCCUGAGGCCAAAGACAAAGACCCUCAAGACCUCACUCAGGCAAGUGAGGAGCAUCAGGGUACAAGUGCUAAUAACCUCUCCCCUGAACCCAACACCUCAGCCCAGCCGGAUUCAUCAGUUAAAGAACGAAGAUAUCAUCUUCGGCCUCGAAAAAAGUAAAUGCUCCCAUUCGGAAAAUCACCACCUCAAUCAAGACCAAGAGCCGACAUUAUCAGUCCUUUAGGUAACUUGAGCCCAGAGGACAAAGAAAGACUUUGGCUGCCAUCCUGGGUUUGGCUGGUAGUGUUCUUUUUCUUACUGGUGCUGGUUAUGUUUGUUGUUAAGAUUCUUUGUCCCUCCUGUAUCUAAAAAUGGCAUUGAUAUCCUUAUAUAUCACACUUGGGUAUCUCAAUAUCACCCAAGGGGGGGUGGGAAAAAAAUUUGUAUUUGCAGAUCUCCCGUACGGUGGCUCAAGCUGAAAAUAAAAGUAAAUGCUGGAUAUGCUCUCACAGCCCAACACACCUACACCAAAAAAUCCCAAUGAUCAAAGUACCAAUAUCCCUCCAACAAUGAAAAACAAUAAACGGCGGCUUCGUUAAACACUACUUGUUAGCUGCCCAUCGGUCCGCUCCUAAAAAAUGGAGGGCCGCCCCUGCUAACUGGAUAAUCUCCCCAAGAGUAGAGGCGCCUUUCUGUUACAGAUCCAACAACACCGGAGCUUAUAAUAAAGCCACACCUGUAGAACACUACCCUCAUUGCCUAACUACUCUAGAUUAUAGCCCUAGUAGCACCAGUGAAAUCCUGUUGGAUAACAUACAAUUGUACAGGAUUCAUGGUCUACAACUUUUCUAAAAAACCUCAUGUUGCUCUCAUUGCAAACAGAUCGGAAUUUUACAUUAACUCCAAUUUUACUUCUUAUAAUAUAUCUCGGUCCAGCAAAAUAACAGCUGAACGUGGUCUGUCCUAUACGAUGCAUAUCAAUCAAAAGUGCCGGAUAUGGCACAACACCUGUCGAGAUUUGAGUACCCUUUCUACCCCAGGCCUUUACUGGCUCUGCGGAAACAGGGCUCAUAAAAUCUUGCCCUGGAAUUGGGUGGGGGCAUGCACUCUUGAACGUGUUAUCCCUGGUUUCAAAAUGCAUAGUACAAUAUAUCUGAAACAAAUAAAAAAUUUCAACCAUCACAUAAAAAGGGCGGUUAACCCCUUAGCUACCAGAAACACAGGGUUCCAUCGAUUUGUAAAAACCUUCAUAACAUGGCUUAAAGUAAGAAAAUUAGAACUAGCCAUAAUUAACAUUUCAGCCACAAUAAAAGCUAUGGAAAAUGCCACUGCAGAUGCAAUUCAGGCUCUGCAAAAAGAGAUCUCCCAGAUCUCACAAGUAACUAUACAACACCACAUAGCCCUAGAUUACCUAUUGGUAUCCCAGGAAAGAGUAUGUGCCUUAAUUAACUCCACCUGUUGUGUCUAUGUCAAUCAGGACAUGCGAAUCAAAACUGACAUUCACAAAAUCCAAAAUCAGUUAAGGGUCCUACAUCAAGUGGCUUCAGAAAAUACUACCUGGGGUCUAAAAAAAAUGUGGUCUUGGCUAACCUCCUGGCUCCCAGAUUUCGGGGCCCUUGACAAAAAAAUCCUAUAUGGAAUAUUGUUUGUCUUGAUAGUUCUAAUAAUGUUUUAUGUCUUAGCGCAACUGAUCCUCUGCUGCGUGAAAGCCAGCAGGAGAAGCUUUAGCAAGGCAAGAAAACCCACAGCAGAGUCUAAAAUAAUGGUGUUACAAAAGUGUGAACAGAUUAAAAAAAAACAUAAAAGGCUGCAUAAUGAAAUAGAGGAGCUCAUGAGAAUGGAAAUUUAAGGCUAAAGUGAAACUAAAUAGUCUAAAAGGGGGGGGCUGUGGAAUCAAAAAAAAUAUAUGCCUUAAACUUUGAUUAUUUUAGUUAUAAGAUGACAUAACCGCUUUGUAGAGAAUUGCUGGCUCUGUACAAUAGAACAGAUAAGGGCAAGUGUUUGUUCUUUGUAACUCUUCUGCAACUGCUUCGCUCACCGCGGCCUUGAAGGUAGCAAAAAAAAGUAUGUACAAAGUUAAUUUCCAGGUGCAAGGAGGUUUGUGAACUAAUUUCGCCUCCCCCAUUAGUUCCCAUCCUGAUUACAGCAAAGAAAUAAUAAAAUAAUAUUAUAGCCGCUUUUCAUGCUAAUUUCACUAUAUGAUCACGUGAGUUAUAAGCGACUGUUAAAAAAUAUAUAAGCCUCCUGAUUUUGCUCUUGUGGGGGGACCCCUUCCAAGUGCUUGGGAAAUCCAUGUCACUUUGGAACUCCCCCUACAGCUGUAGUUUCUUUUAAAUAAAAGCUUCUGCUGACCU